AUGCGUCUGUUGUUUCUAUUGGCUCUUGUUAUUGGUGGUGUAGCCUGUGCAACUAUCGAUCAACAUUAUUAUUAUUCACGACAACCGGCGUUAUUUCGCUUGUUGAUGAAGUAUGGUCUAUGGCCAACAAACCGAAUGAUGAACUUCGAACGACCAGCAGUGGAUUUAACGGCCCCCACGCCAUUCAUUUACGGCGGAGAGUCCGCAUCAAUCGAAAGCUACCCAUAUCAGCUCUCGCUUCGCCUCGAGGGAACACACAUUUGUGGUGCCUCGGUCAUAGCCGCACAGUGGGCCUUAACUGCCGCUCAUUGCUUAGAUCAGGAAAUAUACCCGACUGGUAUUACGUUACGUGGAGGCACACCACAUCGUCUGGCCGGCGGGUAUAUUUUUCACACUGAUCAAUACUUUCUCCACCCAAAGUUUGACGGAAAAACUCUGGAUUACGAUGUAGCCGUGGUGCACGUAAAGGAAAGCUUCUUAAUUGAUCCAAUUCAAGCAGUUUUUAUGGCGGACACCAAUACCAUAUACCCCAUUCCGUCGGCCGCAACAGUAACUGGCUGGGGAUUGUCCGAAGAAGGUUUUUCGCCGGUAAUUCUCCAAUCGCUUCAAGUUUAUAUUCAACCUUCUGCACUGUGCAUGACGGCGUGGAUUGAUCAACCUACGGAUCGUAUGCUUUGUGCCAGUGGUGGAGCUAUUGGCAAGGAAGUAUGUUACGGCGAUAGUGGAGGACCACUUGUGCUGAAUGGGGUUCAAAUAGGGAUAGUUUCUUGGGGUUCUCCUUCAACAUGUGCCAUCAACGAACCGGCAAUAUAUACGUCCCUAACAAAUGACGAGGUGCGCGCAUUUAUUAAGAUAACUACUGGGAUCUGA